GCUGACAGUUCAUUGCUCCUGCCAAAUGAAUUGCACUGAGUGGAGCGGAUCACCACUCCAAGAUGGCGGCCCCGCGUCUCGUCAGCGCUCGAUGCAGCGUUUACUUAUAAGAAGAUGUCUAUGUCGUCCAGUGUAUCGCUCAAGUUUAACGGAAGUCCCGCCUUCGUGAGUACUAUUGGCUCUUUCUAGCCAAUCAUAAAACCCGGCAAGCGUCCCUCAAAUCAAUGAGACUAAACCAGGAAGUUAUCGCGCGAUAUAUAACGAAAACACUUGUUUUUUUCUUUGAACACCGAGUGUACUUUAACAUUUCAGUAGUUUUAUCAACACAUGUUUACGAAGAUAUGUUACACCUCAAAGUUUGGUAGUUAAUUAUUUCCGUCAACAUGGGCAAAGUUCAUGUGCGGUGAUGCUAGCAACAUGGAGGUAAAAGACGUGGAGAAGAGUUGCUGUGUCGUUACCUUAACGGAAGCUUUAUCCACCAAAGCGCCGGUAAGUUUUAGUGGAGUCCUCGUCCGUCCCGGUGCGGUGAUAUGCACCGGCUUCCCCUUUUUUCGUUUCGUUACCCACAAAAAGCCGUCUGCCAGGCGCCUCUUACGUCACAACUUCCAGGAUGCGCUUCAAAUCAGCGUCACGUUUCCUUCCGGUCGUGACGUGGAGGCUAACCCAUGUGGACUGACCCACGAGUGUCCAACAACAACAACAACAACACGUCAGUGGGAGGCCGAGCUGCUAAUGCUGGUCAACUGCGUGGAGUUCAAACAGGCUUUCCAGGCAGUUUUCCAGGAGGCUGACGGAUGGCGUUUCCAUGGCGACGAGGAUGAGGAGCUGAUCGGAGAUGCUGACCACCUGAGCUGGUUCGCUGUGCUCAAGACAAUGGAACACCUGAAGCCAGGUGCCUCCUGGGAGAAGAGCUCGGCCCUUCGGAAAGGCGUCCCGGUCUUGGCGUGCGGCUCGCCUUUCGGAUCCCUCUGUGUGGACCUCUUCAUCAGCACCAUCAGCGGAGGCAUCAUCAGCAACCUGGCGGGGGAGGACAACGCCGUCAUCCUCACGGACGCCCGCUGCGUGCCGGGCACAGAAGGCGGGGGGUUGUUCGCGCUGAAAGACUCCGGCGGCGUGCGACUCAUCGGGGUGAUCGUGUCGCCGUUUGGCUGGAAGGCCAACGAGUGGAUCGGCCUCACGCUCGUCUGCUCGGUCCAGUCGAUAUUCAGGAACGUUCUCCGAUGCGCCAACGCUGAAGAUCCACUCCGGGAUGUCUGCCUUCAUCCCGCAGAGGUCAUCCCUGAUCCGGACUCCAUGGCUGGUCCGUACCCGGUCGUGGGGUUGGUGGACAGUGGGCAGCAGUGGGGCUCGGGGGUGCUUGUGACCUCUGACCUGGUCCUAACCUGCCGACACGUAGUCAAGGGGAAGUCCACGGUCGCUAUGAAGUUCCACCACAGGGACAGAGUCCUUGAUAGGGUCGGUGAUGUCAUCUUUUCCACUAAAACGUCGUCACCCUACGAUGUCGCCGUGGUCCAGUUGACACAACCCUUCCCGGACUUUCGAGUACCUCGAACGUCUCAGAAGUUCCACCCAGGCGAGCGCCUCCUGGUGGUGGGUUACGGCGGGCUGGGCGGCAGGUGCGGUCCAUCCUUGACGUGCGGCGUCCUCUCCAAGGCCAUCAGCGUCAACCGUCGGCCUGUCAUGCUUCAGACCACGUGUGCAGUACAAGCAGGGGCCAGCGGGGGCGCUGUGGUGCGGGCAUCGUCUGGAGAGCUGCUGGGCAUGGUGGCGAGCAACACUAGAGACGUGACCGCCAAAGUCACCUACCCACACCUCAACUUCUGCAUCCCGGUCACCGUGCUGCAAGGACCGCUACGCCGAUUUCAUCAGCAGAGGGACGUGACGGCGUUUGAAGCGUUGGACACCACCGAGGAAGAAGUCAGAAGGGUGUGGAGGCUACAAGACGCACACAGUAAACUGUAGGUGGCGCUAUGCUGGAGACAAAAAGGUAGGAUGCUAAAAAUAUAGAAGGCCUGUUUUUUUUUCCUUGGCACCCAGAAGUAUUUAGAAGAAUGUGGCUGAUAAAGCAGCAUAUGUCGGGUUUUCACCGACAGGUUGCUGCAAAUGAUUGGUCCCAUUGGGCAGCUUGACGGCGGCUUUGAGAUACACGGACAUCUGUUAGGUGGCGUACUCCACUCAUUCAUCGCUAACACGCUCACACAAACCUUUUAUGUUUAACGUUUGAAUACAAAACUCAAAACCAGUGAAGUUGCCACUUUGUGUAAAUGGUAAAUAAAGACAGAAUAUAAUGAUUUGCAAAUCCUUUUCAACCUUGAGACCUCAAAAAAUGCCUACCUCUUUAGGACCACCCUCUCUAGAUAUACAAAGACUUGUAUUUACAACAUUAAUAAUAUAUACAUACUAUGUAAAUAUAAAAAAGGUAAGCUUUUAGUUAAUCUUUUUUAAAUUUUUUGUUUGUAAUUGGUUUUUAAAUCUUCAUUAUUUACUUCAAGUUAUUACAGUAUGUCUCUAUAUACAUAUUUAUUAGAGAUGUCCGAUAAUGGCUUUUUUGCCGAUAUCCGAUAAUCCGAUAUUGUCCAACUAUAUAUAUUUUUUU